AUGGGUGAUAAGAAUGGACAAGUAGUAGCUGGUGGCAAUGGCCAUGGAAAUCGAUUGGAUCAAUUAGAUCAUCCAACCGAUGUGUUGAUCGAUAAAGAGACGGAUAGUCUCAUUAUUUGUGACCGGGGCAAUCGACGAGUUGUACGAUGGUCUCGUCGUAGUGGUACAACUCAAGGAGAAAUCCUCAUCGACAACAUCGUUUGUUAUGGAUUGGCCUUGGAUGAUCAGAGAUAUCUCUAUAUCUCUGACUACGUCAAACAUGAAGUAAGACAAUAUCACAUAGGAGACAAGAAUGGAACUAUUUUAGCUGGUGGCAAUGGCAAAGGUGCUGGUCUCAAUCAACUCGACUAUCCGACCAACAUCUUUAUCGAUCAACAACAGAUUGUCUACGUGUCAGACAACAGAAAUCAUCGUGUAAUGAAAUGGAAUAAAGAUGCAAAAGAAGGAAUUGUCGUCGCUGGAGGUCAAGGCGAAGGGAAUGCUCUGACACAAUUGUCGUAUCCUAAAGAACUGUUCGUCGAUACAUUGGGUACCAUCUAUGUGGCAGACACGUUUAAUAAUCGAGUGAUGCGUUGGCCUAAAGAAGCGAAACAGGGCACUGUCAUUGUAGAUGGAAAUGGUGAAGGAGAAGAAGCAAGUCAGUUUCACUAUCUCCGAGGUUUGUCCUUCGAUCAACAUGGCAAUCUCUAUGUCGUCGAUUUCGGGAAUAAUCGUGUUCAAUGUUUUUCAAUUGAAUAG